UUUACGUUCCGGGGAUUAUGACGUCGACGCCUCCCCCCCCCCACCGCUGAAAAUGGUUUCCUAGGACUUUGCAAACGGAUCUGCCUAAGUGUUGGUGCAAAACUUUGUAGACCUCGGCCGUGGCUGGCUUUAUUUAUUUAUUUUUGGUUUGUUUUCUUUGGUCUUCCCUCCUCCCACCCCCCACCCCCGUCCGCCAAAAUGCCGGGGGCAGGAGUGUUGACAAUUAAUUGGUGAACUCUCCUAAAAAAAUGGAGGCAGAGAAAGACUCUGGAAGAAGAUUGGUGUGUAGCUUCCCCCCCCCACCCCCGCUCCCAAAUCUGUAAUAUGGUAUAUGGUAGAUCUUUUUUUUUUUUUUUUGGUUGUUUCUUGCUGCCUUUUCUUUCCUUUUCUGUAUUUUGCAAGAGGACCGGAAAAAAAAUAAAUUGCAUGCAAAAGGAAGCAAGCAGCUCACUCCUCCAGUCCCUUGUGAGGCGCAGGGUCUCCGACACUUAAGUGGGAGGUGGUAGCGCGGAAAGGCGUGGAGGGGGGCCGAGCGGGCUCGGGGUUCGCUGGGAACCUGGGGGGCUGCGGAGCCGGGUCGCUGGGCGGCGGAGGAAGGAGCCGGGGAUGCGGGGGGGCGGUGCGGGGCUCCUUCGGAAGUGAGUGUGCGCGCGCUCGUGGGAGAUGAGGCAGCUGCUGCGUCCGAUUGACCGCCAGAGAUACGACGAGAACGAAGACUUGUCGGACGUGGAGGAGAUUGUCAGCGUCCGUGGCUUCAGCCUGGAGGAGAAGCUCCGCAGCCAGCUGUACCAGGGGGACUUCGUGCACGCCAUGGAGGGCAAAGAUUUCAACUAUGAGUACGUACAGAGAGAAGCUCUCAGGGUUCCCCUGGUAUUUCGAGAAAAGGAUGGACUAGGAAUUAAGAUGCCUGACCCUGAUUUCACAGUCCGAGAUGUGAAGCUACUAGUGGGGAGCCGGCGGCUGGUGGAUGUGAUGGACGUGAACACCCAGAAGGGCACAGAGAUGAGCAUGUCCCAGUUUGUGCGCUACUAUGAGACGCCUGAGGCACAGCGGGAUAAGCUCUACAACGUCAUCAGCCUGGAGUUCAGCCAUACCAAGCUGGAGCAACUGGUCAAGCGGCCCACUGUGGUGGACCUGGUAGACUGGGUUGACAACAUGUGGCCCCAGCACCUGAAGGAGAAGCAGACCGAAGCAACAAAUGCCAUUGCCGAGAUGAAGUACCCCAAAGUAAAGAAGUACUGUCUGAUGAGUGUGAAAGGUUGUUUCACUGACUUCCACAUCGACUUUGGAGGCACUUCUGUGUGGUACCAUGUAUUCCGGGGUGGAAAGAUCUUUUGGCUGAUCCCUCCAACCUUGCACAAUUUGGCCCUGUACGAGGAAUGGGUGCUGUCAGGCAAGCAGAGUGACAUCUUCCUGGGAGACCGUGUGGAACGAUGCCAAAGAAUUGAGCUGAAACAAGGCUACACGUUUUUCAUUCCUUCUGGUUGGAUCCAUGCAGUCUACACCCCUGUAGACUCUCUGGUGUUCGGCGGGAACAUCCUGCACAGCUUCAACGUGCCCAUGCAGCUGCGGAUCUACGAGAUUGAAGACAGAACCCGGGUCCAGCCCAAGUUCCGUUACCCCUUCUACUAUGAGAUGUGCUGGUAUGUUUUGGAGAGAUAUGUGUACUGCGUGACCCAGCGUUCUCACCUCACUCAGGAGUACCAGCGAGAAUCCAUGCUUAUUGAUGCCCCAACAAAGACCAGUAUAGACGGCUUUUCAUCGGAUUCCUGGGUGGAGAUGGAGGAAGAAUCCUGUGAGCAGCAGCCCCAGGAAGAAGAAGAGAAGGAGGAAGAGGAAGGGCAUGGUGCAGAUAAAGCACCCAAGCCCCCUGCUGAUGGCCCCACCUCACCCACCAGCACCCCCUCCGAGGAUCAGGAAAAUUCAGGGAAGAAGCCCAAAGCACCUGCCAUGCGGUUCCUCAAAAGGACACUGUCCAAUGAGUCGGAGGACAGCACAAAGUCUGCCACGAUGCCCAUUGACUACCCCAAGACACCCACUGGCUCUCCUGCCACCGAAGUGUCUGCCAAAUGGACCCACCUCACUGAGUUUGAACUGAAGGGCUUGAAGGCACUAGUGGAGAAACUUGAGUCCCUCCCAGAGAACAAGAAGUGUGUCCCAGAGGGCAUCGAGGACCCCCAGGCACUCCUGGAGGGAGUGAAGAAUGUCCUGAAGGAGCAUGCAGAAGAUGAUCCCAGCCUUGCCAUCACUGGGGUCCCUGUGGUCAGCUGGCCAAAGAAGAUGCCUAAGAACCGGGCAGUGGGUCGGCCCAAGGGCAAGCUGGGCCCAGCCUCCGCCGUGAAAUUGGCCGCCAACCGCACCACAGCAGGAGCUCGCCGGCGCCGGACGCGAUGCCGCAAGUGCGAGGCCUGCCUGCGGACGGAGUGUGGAGAGUGCCACUUCUGCAAGGACAUGAAGAAGUUUGGAGGCCCUGGGCGGAUGAAGCAGAGCUGCAUCAUGCGGCAAUGCAUCGCGCCAGUGCUGCCCCACACUGCCGUGUGCCUUGUGUGUGGCGAGGCAGGGAAGGAGGACACAGUGGAAGAGGAGGAGGGCAAGUUUAACCUCAUGCUCAUGGAGUGCUCCAUCUGCAACGAGAUCAUCCACCCUGGAUGCCUUAAGAUUAAGGAGUCAGAGGGAGUGGUCAACGACGAGCUUCCCAACUGCUGGGAGUGUCCCAAGUGCAACCACGCUGGCAAGACCGGGAAAGCCUACAAGCAAAAGCGUGGCCCUGGUUUUAAGUAUGCCUCCAACCUGCCCGGCUCCUUACUCAAGGAGCAGAAGAUGAACCGGGACCAUAAAGAAGGGCAGGAGCCUGUCAAGCGGAGGAGUGAGUGCGAGGAGGCGCCCCGGCGCAAAUCAGACGAGCACCCCAAGAAGGCACCCCCAGAUGGUGUCUUGCGCCGAAAGUCUGAUGAUGUGCACUUACGGAGAAAGCGGAAGUACGAGAAGCCCCAAGAGCUGAGCGGACGCAAGCGCGCCUCGACGCUUCAAACGUCCCCCGGUUCCUCCUCUCACCUCUCGCCGAGGCCCCCUCUAGGCAGCAGCCUCAGCCCCUGGUGGAGAUCCAGUCUCACUUACUUCCAGCAGCAGCUAAAACCUGGCAAAGAAGAUAAGCUUUUCAGGAAAAAGCGACGAUCGUGGAAGAACACAGAGGACCGGCUGGCACUGGCCAACAAGCCCCUGCGGCGCUUCAAGCAGGAGCCGGAGGACGACCUGCCCGAGGCGCCCCCGAAGACACGGGACAGUGACCAUUCCCGCUCCAGCUCCCCUACGGCGGGGCCCAGCACGGAGGUGGCAGAGGGCCCCGAGGAGAAAAAGAAGGUGAAGAUGCGCCGGAAACGGCGGCUACCCAAUAAGGAGCUGAGCAAGGAGCUGAGUAAGGAGCUCAACCAUGAGAUUCAGAAGACAGAGAGCAGCCUGGCCCACGAGAACCACCAGCCCAUCAAGUCGGAGCCUGAGAGUGAGAACGAGGAGCCCAAGCGGCCCCCGGGCCUCUGUGAGCGCCCCCACCGCUUCAGCAAGGGGCUCAAUGGCACACCCCGGGAGCUGCGGCACCCACUGGGGCCCGGCCUGCGCAGCCCACCCCGGGUCAUCUCCCGGCCCCCGCCCUCGGUUUCUCCACCCAAGUGCAUCCAAAUGGAGCGCCAUGUGAUCCGGCCGCCCCCCAUCAGCCCCCCGCCCGACUCGCUGCCCCUUGAUGACGGGGCAGCCCACGUCAUGCACAGGGAGGUGUGGAUGGCCGUCUUCAGCUACCUCAGCCACCAGGACCUGUGUGUCUGCAUGCGGGUCUGCAGGACCUGGAACCGCUGGUGCUGCGAUAAGCGGUUGUGGACCCGUAUCGACCUGAACCACUGCAAGUCCAUCACACCCCUGAUGCUCAGUGGCAUCAUUCGGCGGCAGCCCAUCUCCCUCGACCUCAGCUGGACUAAUAUCUCCAAGAAGCAGCUCAGCUGGCUCAUUAACCGGCUGCCUGGGCUUCGAGACUUGGUGCUGUCUGGCUGCUCGUGGAUUGCUGUCUCAGCCCUCUGUAGCUCCAGCUGUCCAUUGCUCCGGACCUUGGACGUCCAGUGGGUGGAAGGACUAAAGGAUGCCCAGAUGCGGGACCUCUUGUCCCCACCCACAGAUAACAGGCCGGGUCAGAUGGACAAUCGGAGCAAGCUGCGCAACAUUGUGGAGCUGCGUCUGGCUGGCCUGGACAUCACAGAUGCCUCCCUGCGACUCAUCAUCCGCCACAUGCCCCUGCUCUCCAAGCUCCACCUCAGCUACUGUAACCACGUCACUGACCAGUCCAUCAACCUGCUCACAGCAGUUGGCACCACCACCCGAGACUCCCUGACCGAGAUUAACCUCUCAGACUGCAAUAAGGUCACUGACCAGUGCCUGUCCUUCUUCAAACGCUGUGGAAAUAUCUGUCAUAUUGACCUGAGGUACUGCAAGCAAGUCACUAAGGAAGGCUGUGAGCAGUUCAUAGCUGAGAUGUCAGUGAGUGUCCAGUUUGGGCAAGUGGAAGAAAAACUCCUACAAAAAUUGAGUUAGUCCAAGGCCAAGUGUGUAAAUACAGAUGGUCCUCAGGCCGGGAGGGAAGGAGACUACAAGAGAAACCAAGGCUUCUCCUUCCCUUUGGAACUUGGAUCAACAGGAUGAUUCCAGUUUGCAAGUCUUGCCAGGGAGAAGCCACCCACCAGGCCGUGGGGGAUAAGCGAGCCAGACCCGACCUCCGGUCUUUCUGCAAUGUGACUGUACCACGACCAUUUCCGAGGCGGCUUAGAGAAGUCAUUCCUGGCAGAGAGGAGACUAGACUGUGGAGAAAUUCUCUUACAAGCCUAGAGGUUUUCCUUGGUGGUGUGUCUGUUUUGGACGCCAUGUUCCUUGCAGUCCCAGGGUUUCUGGCGUCUACAUAACGUGGACCACACACCACAUCUGCUGCCGUCUAGACACAAUUAGUUUGAUUUUGUUACAUCUUACAUUAUGCAGAACUAUUUUUGUACAAAUUGUUUAAAGGUUAUUUAUGCAAGGUUUGACUGCAUACCAGUGUUUUUAUUGUUUUGAGAUACCCACCUUUCCUGGUUUCCUUCAGGUAGGAUAGAACUUAACCUGUACUUAGCAGCACAGAGCCAUGGACAGAUGUGGACAGAUGUGCCCAGGUCACACAGCGUGGGCUGCGACCUUCCUCUUAAAAGCAUGCUUAACUGGAAGCUGAGAGCCCACUUUGUAUGGCAAGAAGUUACACAAGCAUGUUGUGAAUAAAUGUAAAUUAUAGUCAAGACACUUUGCUGAGUUUCCUCUAUAGAGAAUUCAUCUUUUCUUCCAAAUUCCACAACUGAGACUUGAGCCUUUGCACUCAGGAGGGUUUUGCUCCAGCAUGAGCUUUUGUAUUCUACAUAGUCUAAUUUAUACAACAUGAGUCAAAAAGUAGAUGGAUGUCCCACAUGGCCUUGCGUUCCCUUUUUUCUCCUUCAAGGCAUAAGUUAAGUUCUUGUUUAGGUUCACAAGUUGUCAAGUUCUGCAUUCAUAAGUGCCAUUGUACGGUGGUGUUUCCUAGGCCUUCCCUGUUUCGGUUUUAGCUUUGUUGAAUUUGUAUAAAUAAUUGUACAAAAAAAAGCCCAAGUACUCUUCUUGUCUGAGGGUUUUUGUUUUGGCGUUUUGGAAGGGUGUGGUGUAACACUCCUGAGCGCAGCGCAGAGUGGCUGCACCGCCACUGGGGGAAGCGCAGCAGCCCGGCAUGGAGUCUCAGCACAAGCGUGCAGCAUUUUGAGAUGAAGCCAUAGAAUUUCUCUCUUCUGGGUUAUCUAGUGGCCUUGUGGUUCAUGACUUUCUUUUCAGAAAGAGAUUAGUGUCCAGCCAGUGAAAAAAUGGGAAGCUCAC